AUUGUGACCUUUCACUGUGACUUUUUUUUGCACAAACUCGCCAAUCGUCAGGAAGAACUGAAGACUGUUGACUUCCCGGUGCCGAGCGUGCAAACGCUUUGAUGAAAUCUCAGCAGGCGGCGGGCUAAAUUACAUGUGUCACCGCCGGUUCCAGAGGGCGAGGCCGCGUUUGGAAGCUAUUAAUAACCCUCUCAGCCACUAAUCAGGACCACCAGGCGGGUUCUCCCGAGUCCUACUUCCCUAUCAGGACUCCAGUUUGGCACUUUUGUGGCCCCUCAAGCCACAAAACCCUGGCGUGUCAUACCCACAUCUACCACCAGGGCCGUGCUGGGCCUCGGGGUGCAAAAUGUGGCCGCCUUCCACUGGGACUUCCCAAGUUAGCUCCUCCCACAAGGAUCCUGCCUUGCCUCCUCCCCGGCGCCGCUCGCAGUCACUCCCCUGGAGACUCUGAAGGAUGCCGUCCUGCAGACACUUGGGUCUGCUGGUCCUCCUGGCGCUCGGCCAAGGCUGGGAAGACGCGGGCGACCCGUGCGACAACUUCACCGACCUGAACCUGUCCCACUGCUUGAUGGGCACCAGCUUGUACGUGCGCCUGCUCCUCUACACGCGCUCCAACCUGGGCUGCGGCCGCGAGCUCCACCACCACCUCUUCCCCUCGCAGCCGCUCUUCAACCUCUCUCGCCCCACCGCCUUCGUCAUCCACGGCUACCGUCCCACCGGGGCGCCGCCCAUCUGGAUCGACCGCCUGGUGCGGCUGCUGACAGAGCAGGAGGACAUGAACGUGAUCGUGGUGGACUGGAACCGGGGGGCCGCCAACCUCAACUACAUCGCCGCCGUGGCUUACACCAGUGACGCGGCCUCCAACCUGACGGGGUUCAUCAGCAACAUGCAGGAGGAAGGAGCCUCGCUGAGCUCACUUCACCUCAUCGGGGUCAGUUUGGGGGCUCACCUGGCCGGCUAUGUUGGCGCCAACCUGAAGGGAAAGAUUGGACGCAUAACAGGUUUGGACCCGGCGGGGCCCCUCUUCAACAGCGCCACCCCCGACGACAGGCUGGACCCCUCGGACGCCAUGUUUGUUGACGUGCUGCACACCGACAUGAACUCAUUCGGCCUAAGAGGCGCUCACGGUCACAUCGACUUCUAUGCUAACGGUGGCGCGGAUCAACCAGGAUGCCCCAAAACCAUAUUUGCAGGAAAGUCUUACUUCGUGUGCGACCACCAGCGUUCUAUGUUGUUGUACCUGUGCGCACUCAACCACACCUGCAGCCUGACCGCCUACCCGUGCUCGUCCUACGCCGACUUCCUGGACGGGCGGUGCAUGCAGUGCGAGGCCUUUAGGCCCGCCCCCUGCCCCCAGCUCGGUUACGACAUCAGCCAAUGGCGAGAAAGCCUCCUGCGUUUGGGGCAGACCAAAGUCUUCUUCAGCACCACGGCCACCCUUCCCUAUAGGAAGCUCAACUACAGGGUGGACAUGGUGACAUGGAACCAGUACCUCCGUUGGGGGGUGGUGUACAUCCGCCUCCACAGCGGCAGGACCUUCUCAGAGGCCCGGAUAGACCAUCAGCUCCUGCGCUUCGAGCAGUACACGUCCACGCGUCUCCUGGCCCAGUUCGACGAGGACCUGCCGCACGUGCACAAGAUCUCCCUGCGCAUCAACACCGGCAACGUGAUCGGCCCGCGCUACAAAAUCAGACUGCUGCGGAUACGUCUGACGCCGCUGGAGCACCCGGAAAGGCCGCUGAUGUGUCGCUUUGACAUCAUCAUGGAGGAGAACACGGAGGUGGCGUUCAGGCCGUUGUCAUGCGACUCCCGCCUCUAACUGCACGCUCCUGGGUGCUGCGGCCUUGCCAUCCCUCAUGAGAGACUUCUAUGGAAACAGGAAAUCACGUCACAUUGUGGAUCACAUCAGUGGACCAAACAAUCUAAACAGUAGGGCUGGGCGAUACGGCUGUAAAACCGAAUCAUGCUAUCACUCAAUAAUUGAUAUUUUUUAUGACCUAUCAAAAUUAAGGAUCAGGAGGUAUAAAUAAAAUGUAAAUAUUUCUAUUUUAAAUGUAACUUCCUGCUAGAAAGGAUAUGUCAACACAAGCAUGAAAAACUAUUUUUACACUGAACACUUCUUAACAAUAACCUCCUAAAACCAAGGUGCAAAAAUAAGGAAUAUGUAAAAAAAUGCCGCAACUUUUUUAUAACGUUGUCUAUCCGUCACAAUCCUUAUGCAAGACAAAAAAACAAAUAGGAUUUUCUUUCUUUUAUGCAUUCUAACUAGUAAACAUAUGCGAUCAAGUCUGCUUACAAUGGAGCCUAUUAGAGUCACUAUUUAAAGAGCCCCUUAAAAAGCAUCUUAACACUUAAAUUAAGGCAGGGGUGUCUAACUUACGGCCUGCGGGCCGGAUCAGGCCCGUGAACAGGUUUUAUCCGGCCCGCGGGAAGAGAAUGCUAAGCAUAAAAAUUAACCAAAAUGUUUGAAUGAAAGAAAACUGCUGUUCUAAAUGUGUCCUCUAGAUGUAAUAGCAAUUCUUUGUAUAUUUGCAGAUUAUGCUACAUAUGUAAAAAAAUUAAAUAAACCACGUUAGUGCACCAGUCGAGGAAAAUGAGCAAACUACAUAAAAAAACAUCCUGCAAUUUGAUUUUGAUAUAAUUUUGUCAUCUUGAUAGAUUGAAAAUGAACACCAAUGAGUUGACAGAUGAACAUUAUCACACAAUUUAUUCAGAAAGUAUAAAUAACAACAAAUAAAGAUAGAAUACUAUUAACCACAACAUGUAAGUGUAAACAUAAUCAACAUUAUAAUUUGUACAUUUUCAGAAUCUGUUUGUUCUAUUUUUAAACAAAGAAAACAAUCUGAAGUUGUCUUUGUUUUUAAGUCACCAUGCCGUGAUUUUACCAGUCCAGCCCACUUGGGAGUAGAUUUUUCUCCAUGUGGCUCCUCAUCUAAAAUGACUUUGACACCCCUGCAUUACGGUUUUAUAUACAUGAUGUAAGUAUAUAUGUGAUGUAGUAACAGUCAAGCGGUAGAAAAUGGAUGGAUGGAUGGUAAUAAGUAUUUUCAUCAAUUUAAGCAUACGCGGUGCAUUUCCAAAACACAUCCCAAUGUUCACUUUUUUCCGACAUCACUGAUUAUUGCUCAGUGCAGACUUCACAAAAGCCAACAAACAAAAAACAUCACUUACUGUACAAUGUCUGCUGCCAUUAGCAUGCCGACUGCUAGUUCAUAUAUUCCUGUUUAGAUGAAGAAUGUCUCUUAAUCCUUGCCUAACUGGCUGUCAAAGUGUCCCAACUUGUCGGAAUAAGUCUUCAUCCUUGUACUAUCCAGGUGAGAAGCAUGAUUUAUGAUCUACAAUAAACUUCCGCGAUCACGGCGCUGCUAUAAUAGUUGGUCUACGUAAGUGCUUAAAAUCACAAUAUCAUUAAUACUUGGUUAAUAUUCAAAGUCGCGAACUGUAAUUGGAGUAUUGUUGGCGCUUUUUAGAUGUUUCUUUAUUGGCUCCAUUGUAGGCUGACUUAUUUACAAGUUAGAAUUGAUUUUAAGAAAAAAAUACAUCUACUGUCAUUAUCAUAAACGAUUUACAAAGUUACAAAAAUUCCACUUUAAUAAAGUGUAACAAUAAAGUGCAAAGUGUGAAAAUGUAAACAUAGGGGAACUUUUUCUGCGUGUUUUGUACUCUAAAAGGGUGAGCGCUACUAAGGUGGUGUGGGGGCGAGCACCUUGCAUCAUUUACAGACCACAUUGGUCUGACUACAACACGUUUAAAAAAAAAAAAAAAAUCAAAAAACUACCCCACUGUUGAGGUGACUUCAUGUUUUAUCCACAAUUUAUUUGCUCUCUGCAGCCAAAGAAUCCACAGAAAGACAAUAAGAUGAUGCGACGGUAUUUUAUAGUUGAUACUGUUACCUGAUUGGUGAUCACUUCCUGCAUUACUCGGUUACCAGAGAGCGAGUGCCCUUAUUGAUGACACCAACCUUGCUUCGCAACUUCCACUUUCUUCCCACGAAGAAAAAAAAGUUUUAUCGAUGCAUUUUCUUACCGAUAUCUAUUACGUGUCUAUUGUAAUUUAUAUAUAUGGAUAUGGUUUUAUCGCCCAGCCCUACUACACGGCCUUUGUGGAAUAAGUACACUCUAUACACAGUGGACUUAGUUGCAAUAAUUACCCAGUUAGUCCCUCCCCUUGAUGGCAAAUAUCAAAGCGAGGCUCCAUCGUUGCACAGUAAGCAUUUUGGGUGAGUGCAAGGUCCUCAUUUGUUCAUUAAUGCACUCAGCGUGAAAGUAAACACAGUCAAUGACUUUAUACCUCAUGGACAUUUGAGUAGAAACAAAUGGGUCUAUUCUUGCCAACUAGUCUGGAUUUAUCGCUGAGGUUUUCCAUCCUCACUCAGGUUCUCUUUUGUAUUUUUUUGUGCCUUUUGUUGUCAUUUCCUGUACGUUACUAAAUGUUUCAUUGUCACCGUUUACAAACGCCACACAAAAGCUGAGGUGAUUAUUUUUGUUUUUAUUACUAUAACAUGGUUUUAAUGUGACGGAUCUAAAUAAAGUACAGUAGAUCUGCAAA